AUGGGGGCACCAUUCGAAGGGUACUCAUUAUCAUACAGUCCGUACAACACAGACCAAUCUUGCAAAUCUCACGACCAAAUCACAACCGAUUUCGAUGCCAUCUCUGGCUACGGCAUGAUUCGCAUCUACGGCACCGACUGCAAUCAGACAGCCACGGUCUUAAGCGCUGCUGGUUCGAAGAACAUGAAGGUCUUCGCAGGCAUCUACGACAUCACACAGGUGAACUCGGAAGUACAGCAGAUCAUCGAUGCGGCGAACGGCAACUGGAACCAGAUCCACACAGUCGCUGUGGGGAAUGAAGGUGUCAAUAACGGGGCGUACAGCGUUGCAGCGGUCGUUGCUGCUAUCGAUUCAGCCCGCAACCAACUCAAAGCUGCAGGGUAUACUGGCAAUGUGGUCACCGUGGACACUUUCGUUGCAAUGAUUGCAAACCCAGAGCUCUGCCAAGCAUCGGAUUACGCCGCCGCAAAUUGUCACGCCUUCUUCGACGGCGGUGUGACUGCUGAUGAAGCUGGUAAGUUCGUGCUCGCUCAAGCACAGCGCGUUAGCGAGGCUUGUGGCGGGAAGGACACCAUGAUUACCGAGAGCGGCUGGCCCUCAAAUGGCGAAACCAACAAUCUGGCAGUACCCAGUCCGGAGAAUCAGGUGGCCGCCAUCAACUCGCUAAAGGCUGCCUUCACGAACAAUAUCGUGCUUUUCAGUGCCUUCAAUGACUACUGGAAGCAUGACAACCCGGGCACAUUCGGCGCUGAGCACUAUUGGGGCAUACUUGGCAACGCACCAUCUUAG